UCUUAGGGCUCAAACAAUGACGGCGACUGAGACUAUCGCCACCGCGAUAAAUCAGAUUGAUGAGAAGAAGGAAAAGCUAAAGAAAGCUUUCGACGAUCUUCAAUCUCAUCGCUCUCUCCUUUCACCGUCUUUCUCACUUUCCUGGUCUGAGAUCGAUUCUCACUUUUCCACUCUCCAAUCGUCCCUUGCUAACCGUUUCCGCCUCCUCCAAUCUACAGCUCCUUUGCAAGAUGAUUCGUGUAGACUCAACGCUUCUUAUGCACAGACUUCUUCGUCGGAGGAGGUAUCGGAGCAACCCGUUGUUGAGCCGGAGUUGAGAGCGUUGUGUGAGAAGAUGGACGGAAUUGGUUUGAGCAAGUAUUUGAUUGUUCAAUGGGAUGAUGACGCUCCUCUCAAUCAGGAAGUUUCUGCAGCGAUUCGUUACUCUCCGGAUCCGGCGUCCAUGGUUUUGGACGCAAUCGAAGGUUUGAACCAGAACCACACUCCGUCGUCAUCGGGAAAAUCAUUCGAUGUAAGAAGAGUUUUCGUUUUGUUAAUGGAGGUUUUGAUUGAGAGUAAUGCGAAUAUCACUGUUGAGACGAGUAAUAGAGCUAAGAAACUGGCUUACGAUUGGAAAACGAAGAUAGAUACUAAGCCUUUCGAGGCGUUGGUGUUUCUGCAUUUGGUCGCAGCUUUUGAAUUAGGAUCAGAAUUUAACUCAGAGGAGCUUUCUGAUUACGUUUUCAUGAUCGCAAAGUAUAAGCAAGCAACUUCAGUGUGUAACAAGAUUGGUUUAGAUAGGGAAAGAGUUAGGAAUCUCAUCAAGAAACUCAUGGAUUCUGGCAAAGCAAUCUCGGCAGUCAAAUUCAUGUAUGAGUGUGGGAUGACUGAUGAAUUCGAGCCAAUCCCUGUUUUGAAAUCUUACAUUAAAGACUCUAGAGAAGCUGCUCUUAGAGUUUGCGUAGAAGAUAACUACUCUAUCAAGUCGCAGAACGAAGCCAUUGAUAAAGAAGUCAGUGCAUUGAAAGCAGUGAUCAAAAUCAUCAAAGAUCAAAACCUUGAAUCCGAGUUUACUCAGGAGAAAGUUGAGGAGCGUGUAGAAGAGCUGGAGAAGUAUAAGGCACUGAGGAAACGCAACGCCACUAACCCUCCCAAGCAAGAGCCACAGCAAAAGGGGAAAAAACGGACGCGAGACUGCAAUGGGACGCAAGUUCCAGGUCCGAGUCAGCAGCUACUUUCUAGACCAGAAGCUCUUCUUAUGCCUGAGCAUAGUCAUCAUGGCUUACAGUUGAACCCUUAUGGUCUUAUGACUUCAGCAUUUUCUGGUGUUGUUGUGAACCCAUUAGCCGGGCUCUUUGGUUCAGCUGCAACUCCUCAACCUCUUUACUAUGCUCAGCAAACUGGAUUUGUGUUGCCGCCUCAGUACCACCCACCUUAUUAUUCUCAGUAGCUAGCAGCAUCUCGAACGUAAGACCUUAAUCUCCUCAAUGUAAAAAUGUAUCUUUGUAGAAUAUUUGCCCUGAUGGAAAGUAAAAAAUCAAUCUAAUG